AUGUGUUCUCAACCCUACUUGGAUGUGGCAAACGCCGCUCGUCCAGGCAGCCAAAGCUCCGCCGAACACUCAAUCUACAGCGACAUCCCUCCCACCACCCAUUCCUCACGCCUCUUUCACGUCUAUCAUCGGCGACGAAAGCUCGAUUUUGCCAUCACUACGGACGAAAAAGCCCCCCUCGCAUACGUGCGCUGUUCCACUUUCACUAUCGGCAAGCCGGACCUGACAUACCACGCCGGCGAAACCGAGGAUGCCCCGAUCACAGCGGUCUGCAAAUUCAUAAACUUUUCUCGACACUGCAAAGUGGGACUCGGCAACCCAGAGGAUCCAAACACCGUCUGGGAGGAUCUAAUGCGCCACAAACUCACGACGCAUUAUCGGUUCGAGAUCACCCUGCAGACUGGCGAACGGAGGGCAUUUGUUUGGAAGCGAACCAACAGCGUCGGGAUUGGAGAGGAGACGCCGUCCAAGAUAGGGGCGAAGAAUUUCAAGCUUCAGGAUGAACUGACUGAAGAGCUUGUCGCCGUUUACUUGAAUAAUGGGGCGAAGAGCUGGAAGAAGUCGGGCAAGUUUCAGAUUAAUGUUCACUAUGGGCCAGUUUUUGAUACGAUGGUUUUUAUUACUGGCUUGGGGCUUCUGGAGAAAGAGAGGCGUAGGGAGAGAAGUCGGCAAGCGUCAGGGGGUGAAUGCAUUGAACUUGCUGUAUUACUGAGAAUAAAUUAUGCCAUCGAUCUGGAAGAUCCACGGCCCCUGCUCCGCGCUAUUAUCUUCGACUGCUCCUCAAUCGAUGACGUAGAUGUCACCGCUGUCCAAGGUCUCAUCGACGUUCGCAAUGUACUGAACAAGCAUACCUACCCUGAGGUCGCCGAGUGGCACUUCGUCAACCUGAGCGACUCCUGGGCGAGGCGGGGAUUCGCAGCCGCUGGGUUUGGCUACCCUUGUGACAACCAGAAGGACAACUGGGAACCAAUAUUCAGCGUCGCAGCCAUUAAAACAGCCGAUGGCAGCCUUCCGAAGGGCUGUGAGGACGAGGAGAGCCAUGGCAAGAUUGAUACCAUAACUGCGCUUGGAUCUAAGGAGAUGGCGGCGCAGGAGAAGCUGGUUGCCAUCUAA